AAGGUCAUACAUGAAUAACACGUUUGCAUGUUCACGGUUCUCUGACGUUGGUUAAUGGCAACAUGACAUGCAGAUACAGCUCUGGGACACGGCAGGUCAGGAGCGUUUUCGUAAAAGCAUGGUGCAGCACUACUAUCGCAAUGUGCACGGAAUUGUCUUUGUAUUUGAUGUCACUAACCCCACUAGUUUCUGCAAUCUUCACUUGUGGAUGGACGAGUGCCGUCAGCACUCUCUUGGUCUGGAUAUCCCCCGCGCCCUCGUUUGCAACAAGGCCGAUCUGGUCACUUCGACAACUGCUUCUGUGAUAAUCGUCCAGGCUCGUCACUUGGCUGAAGUCCACGGAAUGUCUUUUUAUCUUACUUCAGCCAAAGGUCCCAAAGGGGAACAGGUGGACAGCAUCUUUGUGACAUUGGCACAGAGGUUGAAGAGCCAGAGAAGGGAGAGUGUGAACGAAUGUGUAUUACACUGCAGAUCUGAGAGCUUCAAUAUCCCAGCAAGAGUCAUAACAGCACAAGAGAGCAAGAAGAAAUGGGCCUGCAUCUGCUAAUGGAUGGAUGAACUCGAGAG